GGGCUACAUCUGUUGGAUUUCAUCUGCUACAACAGCAAAGACUUGUAUCCCCACUAAAUACUCGAUUCUUUUGCUGAACUCCAUGGGACGAUGCAAAGAUGAUUAAGACACAGUGACUGCCUGGAGGGGCUUACAAAGAGCUACAGGGGAAUGUUGUAUGGACUCAACCGGGAAAGUCUCAUAGAGGAGGUGGCACUUCCCCUGGGCUUGGAAGGACAGCCAGGACUCGCAUGGCUCAGGAAAAGCAGUUUCAUUUGAAUAUUGCUGACCAUGCAGCCUGCAGUUCAAGUAUUGAAGUUAAGGCAGAAAGAUUACUGGAAGAACUUGAUAAUGGGGUCCUGUUGUGCCAACUGAUUGAUGUUCUUCAGAACAUGGUGAAAACCUGCAGCUCUGAAGAACCAGGGAAUUUUCCAAUGAGAAAAGUGCCCUGUAAGAAAGAUGCUGCCUCAGGUUCGUUCUUUGCUAGAGACAAUACCGCGAACUUCCUUCACUGGUGUAGGCACGUUGGGGUCGAUGAGACUUACCUCUUCGAAUCUGAAGGGUUAGUUUUGCACAAAGAUCCAAGACAAGUGUAUCUCUGUCUUCUUGAAAUUGGUCGAAUUGUGUCAAGAUAUGGGGUUGAACCACCAGUAUUGGUAAAACUUGAGAAAGAAAUUGAGCUAGAAGAGACCUUACUCAAUACUUCUGGGCCCGAAGACUCCGUCAGCAUCCCCAAAUCGUGUUGUCAGCAGGAAGAGCUGCACGAAGCGGUUACACAUAUUGCUGAAGACCCUCCUUGUAGGUGUUCUCAUCGGUUUUCUAUUGAAUACUUAUCUGAAGGACGGUACCGACUAGGGGAUAAAAUACUCUUUAUAAGGAUGCUGCAUGGAAAACAUGUCAUGGUUCGUGUUGGUGGAGGCUGGGAUACUCUUCAAGGAUUUUUGCUUAAAUAUGACCCCUGUCGAAUAUUACAGUUUGCUACACUAGAACAAAAAAUUCUAGCAUUUCAGAAAGGAGUUUCUAAUGAAAGUGCACCUGAUUCGCCGGCCAGAACACCCCAGCCCCCUGAAAUGAAUCCGAUGUCAGCAGUUGGCAUGUUUCAGAAAGAACAGUCAAAGCCUGGCACGCCCAUUGGUAUUCCAAGGAGCAGAGAAAAGCAGGCACGUCCACUAGGUGCUUUGCCGCCAGCACCUUCCCUGAAAGGAGGUCACCUGGGCUCCGGCUCCGGCCGUUCUAAGAUGCCACGUUCCCCAGCAGCAUCUUCUCAUCUCAGACUCAAAUCUCCACGAGGCACAGCAAAGAAACCACAGGCUCCUUCCAGCAGCACAGCAUCUUCGCUUGCUGCUUUAAAUUUAGGAGGUAAAAGCAUUUCUUCACCAGCCCUACCAAGGACUGCACCUUGUGUAUCUGAGUCAUUGAGAAAAUGCAUCUCAUCACCCAGUACUCCGAAGGCCAAGUUUACUCCAUCCCAGAAAUCGAGAGACGUGCCUGAGUCUACACUUCUGCCAAACAAGUGUUCUGGAAAAACGGAGCCAAAGCACCCAAAACACAAUCCUGUAUCUUCCAGGGAUAACGCAGUAUAUCACUCAGCUGCACGUCGGAAUUCACCCUCAAAGUGUCCAAAGCUGCCCAAGCCUUCUCCUUCUGUCCAGUUCCCUGCAAAAAUGACAAAAUCCAGUUCCCAAACCAUAACCACAGGUCUAGGAACGCGGUCUCAGCCACCCGAGGGAGCCCCUCAAGCAGGGGCUGUGCCGGCUCAGAAGCUUAAGCCAGCCUUGAACUUGAACCAGCCACUUUCUGUAUCCUCAGGUGCUCCUGCAAGAGCACAGGGAUCGAAAGACAGGAAUGUCGUUACAGUCGCCAAGAAGCAGCCUCCGAACCUAAGUACAUCCCAGAAGAUGGGACCCGGCUCCUCUAGGUCCCCUGGUCGCACCCCACUGUCCAUCAUGAGCCUUCCCCAGUCUUCCACCAAAACACACACUGCGCCGAAGGCGACGCAGCUGGCCACCAAGAGCCAGUGUUCAGCCAGGGGACCUCCAAAAAGCGGCAGGGCCCCCACCCCAAACAGGAAGCCACCGCCCCCCAAGGAAGCAGCUGGUGGGGAGAGGGAGCCCGCUGCGAAGGAGAAGGAGGACUACGACCGUUACUUCGUUAUGACUGGGAGUAAGAAACCUAGAAAGUAAAGGCGGGGAGGGGGCGUCAGCUGCGCACCCUGACGGGCUCCCCGGCGUUUGUCCGAAUGGAUGAGAGACGUUUAUCGUCCGUGGAAUCUGUAUUAAUGUCUGCCCUUCAAGGGGAGUGUAAGGCAACACUACUAGAGCUAGAGCUAUAGUUACUGUAUUUCUUAAUAUUGAGUAUAGGUUUAUAUUUAUAUAGAGAGGCUACAUACCCGCUAGUAGCAACCGUGCUGCUCUUAACAUUCGUCACUGCGUUUUAGUAAAAUAGCGACGGUUUGGCACCUGCCUUACAAAAGGCACCUCGCUUCGUGUUCCGAUGGGGUUGUCUGGUCAGACAGCACCGAGUGCCGGUGGCCGCUGCUCCUUAGCUUGGCCUUCCUCUGGUUGGGUGAAAUUCUUGCUGCUUUUCUGUUAAGCUUUCCACAUCAGAGGGAACUGAUUUUUUAACUGGCUUAUUAACAUUGGUAAUAUUUUGUUACCAACAUUUUUGGUUUAAAAAAAGGAAACAAAUUAAGGUAUUGAAAGGUCAACAGAAAUUUGGUAAAAUCCAAGGUUUUUCAUAUUAUUUAUAAGAAUUUACACCUUUCACUUUAGAUGGAUUCAUGCAAUGUGAAUGAAAGGGGAACUGAUUGAGUAGCUUUUAGUAUAUUGAAAAUAUUUUUAAUAAUGGUAAUUUCCUACCAGUACAGAUAUGAAUUUUUACAUGAAUGUUUUAAUAUCAGAAUUGCAUUUUAACAAUCUUAAAAUUAAGGUGACUAGACACUUAGAAUGGUGCUACAUACAAAUUCUUUCAUGUGGUUAUUUUUCUUUAGCUGGCACAAUGCCAGUUUUAAUUACAGUCUUCCUGCCACAUUAGUUUUCUUUUAUCAAUCGUGCUGCCUUCAGUUUGGCAAUGGCAGGUAACAGCAUAUCUGCAGUGUUGAAUGCUCUGUAGCCAGAUUCUCCAGGGAACACAUCCGGAUCAUGUAUCACCCCAUAGACUCCACCAACCAAGGUGAUGUUUAUAAAUUGUUUUUUAAGAGAUUGUGAAUAUUUUAAAAAUUAUUCAUAUACUUUCAGAAGUUUGAGGGGCAUUUUUAAUAACUUUACACCAUUACCAGUUAUCAUAGGUUAUUCAGUGUUAAGGUUUGUGUUUCUCUAUUUUAAAUUGUAAUGUAAGUUUUCUAAGGAAAAUAAUGGUUUACACAAAUGUGCAAUCAUAGAAUAAACAUCUUAAGCUGACUACUAAUGCUGUAUAGAUUAUAAAGUAAGAAACCUGUAUAAAACUAAGUGACCUUUAGUCUGAGGCAUAUAGUUAAACAUAUGCACAAAUUCUAAUAUUGUUUUAAUUGGGAUUUUAUUUAUAAACAGCCUUAUUGUUCUUUAGUAGGGUAUUUCUCCACUUACAGUCACAUUGAAUGAACUUUUAUUUAUGUAUAGUUUACCCUUCUAAAAUAAAGUUUUUUUGAAAUAAACAGUGCCUGAAGGAUACUUUCUUCAAAUAUAUUUUCAAAUGCUGUUAAAGAAGAGAUAGUGUCCUUAAUCAUUUUCACAACUAAAAAAAUAUAUUGUUGAAGUUGGAAAGAAGUUUUUAUUUUUUUUAAAUUAGUGGAAGAUUGUGCCUG